GGGGAAGUGUAGUGGAAGGAAGACAAUAAUGGCCCUAAACGUUGACAGUAUUAACCUAAAUUUUUUUCUUAAAAUUUUUGGAAGCAGGCCAUGGGGGGUAAACUACACUAGGAUCCUUUGUCUUUUUCUCGGAAAGGGGAAAAGUGUAGUGGUGGGGAAGUAGAACUUAAAGAAAGAAAUUUCCCUGAAUGUUGACUGUAUUAACUCUAAUUUUUCCUUCUUGUCUUUGUGAAGUGGGCCAUGGGGGGUAAACUACACUAAGCUCCUUUUUGCUUUCUUUUUUGUCUUUUCCUCGAAAAAUUUCAAGCAUGUAGAAUAAAAAGCGAAGAAACGUUGACAGUAUUAGCUACUAAUUUUUCUUCAAAAUUUUUUGGAACUGGGCCAUGGGGGGUAAACAACACUAGGGUCCUUUUUGCUUUCUUUUUGUCUUUUUCGUGGAAAUUUUCAAAAAAAAAUUUUUCAAAAAAUUCUUAAAAGAAAAAACACUUGAGUGACGUUCAAACCAUCUCUUUUUUUGCAUAAAGCAGCAAUUUUAGCAAUAAAAAUAAAUUCUCUGAAAAAGCUAGGUAGUAGUCAGUAUAUUUAUUUACACACCCAAACCAUUCUUUUCUCUUUCUCUCUUCGUUUAUCUAUCAAAAAAGAAUUUUUUUAGUUUAUUGACUAGUUUUGUUCAAUAAUUUAUUUUUUAAUUUUUAUUUGGCUUUCCAAAAGAUCGAAAACCUUAAAUUAAUUUUUUUAAUUUUAAGGAUAAUUAAUUUAAUUUAUUAUCCUUAUUUAAUUAAAUUUUAUUUAUUUCUUCGGAAAACAUCACUGACUUUUUAUUUGACAACAAAUUUAAAAAGACAACGACUCAAAGGAUGGACUAUCCAACAGAACAACAACUUCCAGUUGAAGUUCGCGAUAUCGUCAAGAAAUUUCGUGUUCCAGUUGACCGCUUGAAAGUAAUUUCUGAUGAUAUGGUUGCUGCAAUGAAGAGGGGCUUGGAAAGUGGAAGUGGACGUCAGUCGUCGAUUGGAAUGCUUCCGUCUUUUGUGCCUGCUUUGCCUGAUGGGACUGAGAUUGGCAAUUAUUGUGCUAUUGACUUAAGCGGCAAAAAUUGUCGCAUUCUUUUGGUUGUGUUUGAAGGUCCAGGUCAUGAGCCUGUUAAGGACAUUCAGAAUUUUGUUGUGCCUAAACAGGUUAUGACUGGAACUGGGGAGCAGCUUUUUAAUUUUAUUAUCAAUUCGCUGAAAAAGGUUUUGCGCGAUGCCAAAGUUGAAGAUCAAACAUUUCACAUUGGCUUUGUUUUCUCAUUUCCUUGCGAAUUAACCUCUAUUCGUGAAGCUCGUCUUCUUUGGUGGACAAAAGGGUUUAAUAUCCCAGACUGUUUGCAAAAGGAUAUGGUUACUCUUUUGGAUGAUGCUUUGGAGUUGAGUAUGACUGUUAAGGGCAGAGUCAAAGCCAUUAUGAAUGACACUGUUGGACAGCUUGCAGCAUCACAUGCAAAAUAUGGAGAUGAAUGUAUCGCUGCUUGUGUUAUUGGAUAUGGUUGCAAUUCUGCAUAUUUGGAGGAUGUUAAGAAUAUUAAAAAGUUUGAUCCGGAAGAGUUCAACUACAGACAUGAGAAAAUGGUUGUAGUGACUGAAUGGGAGGAAUUUGGACGUCGAAAAGAAAUGGACGACAUUAUGACUGAAUUUGAUCGGGAAGUUGACGCAGCUUCUGUCCAUGUUGGCAAACAAAUUAUUGACAAAUUGACUGGUGCUCUUUAUUUGGGCGAAUUAAUUCGAAGGAUUCUGCUUAAACUUACCAAAGACAAAAUUCUUUUUUGUGGUGAAAAAGUUGAAGCAUUGGAGAAAGUUGAUGGAUUUCCAGCUAAAUAUAUUAGUGAAAUAUUUAGUGAACCUGGAGAAAUGCGUAAAAAUUGUCGUAAAAUUUGUGAUGAAAUGGAAGUUCAGAAUCACGGUAGUAUUGACUAUUUUAUUAUGCAAGAAGUCUGUAUUGCUGCUUCUGAACGUUCUGCUGGCGUUGUUGCUGCAGCCAUUUCUGCAUUACUUCGACAUAUUGGACGCAGGAAGAUUAAAAUUGGUCUUGGUGGUGCAAUUAUUCAAUUCCACCCGCAAUAUCAAGAGAUGUUGGAAAAUUAUUUGCGGUCUAUGGCACCGAUUAAUAUUGACUGGGAACUCUGUAUUGUUGAAGAGGGCAGUGUUCUUGGUGCGGCCUUAGUUGCUGCAAUUGCCGUCAAUAUGAAUCUUAAAUAA